UGAGAGAGAAGUUCUGAGAAUUGAGAAAUGACGAUGGCGAUUGAGGCAUGGUACGUGGAGGAGAGCGGCGAGGAUAAAAAACUCUUGUCCUUGAGCAAACUAAAAGAGCUGGGAGUGUUGUACUGGCGUUUGAACCCAAAGAAUUACGAGAACGAUGAGGAGCUCCGUAACAUUAGGGAAAGCAGGGGCUAUAACUACGUGGAUAUUCUGGAUAUAUGCCCAGAGAAACUGGAGAAUUAUGAGGAGAAGGUGAAGAACUUCUACACGGAGCACAUCCAUGCCAAUGAAGAGAUACGUUACUGUUUGGAAGGCAGUGGGUACUUCGAUGUGAGAGACAAGGAUGACCGCUGGGUUCGCAUCUGGAUGAAGGAAGGAGACAUGAUCGCCUUACCCUCCGGGAUUUACCAUCGUCUGGCCCUUGACACUGGAAAAUACCUCAAGCUGAUGCGGUUGUUCGUGGACGAGCCAGUGUGGACUCCAUUUAACCGUCCACAAGAGGAGCAUCCGGCCAGGAAAGCCUACGUCAAUAGCUUAGUACCCCUUGAGGCUCACUAAGCCUCUUCACUUCACUUAAAAACAGUUCAGCCUUGCGUUUCUUUGAAUCUCUGCAUCUCUGUAUCUGUA